AUGCCAAAAAAUCGUAUAAAUAAAAAAUCUUUAUCAACAUAUAAUUUUAAUGAUGAUAAAAAAGUUUCAAUUGUUGAGUAUAAUAAAAAAUUGGUUUUAGAAAACAAAAAAAAUUUAUCUGAAAUAGCAACAUAUAAACAAAAUGAUAAAAAUGAUUUGUAUAAUUAUCCUUUAAAUUUAAAUAAUAAGAAUAAUUAUAAAAAACAAAAUAUUCUUUCAAUAAAAUUAACUAAUGAAAAUUAUUUAUGUCUGGAUAAGACACAAAGUAUUGAAAAAUCAUUUCCAGAAAUAAGUAAUAAAUUAGAUGAAGAAAAAAAAAUAGUUUCUAAUCAGGUAAUAAAAUGUCCAAGAAGAAAAAACAAAAAGUCUAACUAUACAAAAGAUGAAAAAACAUCUAAAGGAUCAUGUAAUAGUAUAACUUAUGAGAUGAUUUCUACAAAUAAAUUGGAAAAUUUAUUUAAAAAAUUUAAUAAUUCUUCAAAAGAAAAUUUAAAUGAAAUUAAAGAUAAUCAAAAGAUUUCUACAAAUAAUGAUUACCAAUUUAGAGAAAAACCUCCUCCAGAAACGAAAGACAAUGAAUCUUCAUUAAUUUUACUAAAACCAAGUGUGAAUUUUGAAAGGCAGAUAGGAAAAAAUGAAACAACCAAAGUAAUUCAACCAGAUAUAAUUAAAAGAACAAAAAAAGAACAAAAAAUGGUAGAAGGAACAUGGUAUAAUAAGAUUCUUGAUGAAAAUACAUUAGAUGAUGUUCCAUCUGAUUGGGAUGAAAAUAGAAGACCAAAAAGGAAAAAAAAACCAACUAAAAAUUUUGCAAUGGAGUAUGAUAGUUUAAUAAUAUAG